UUAACACAUUGUUGGUCACCGGACCGGUCACGAGUUAACUCGUGUUUUCAUGCCCAAACGUUGUUGACCGGUCACGAGUUAACUCGUGCUUUCAUGCUCAAACGUUGUUGACCGAUCACGAGUUAAUUCGUGUUUGCACUUGCAUUAGAUUGUUUUACCUCCACAUUCAAUUACGAAAUAAUAGCCGGUGACAUGAGAUAGUUUCUGUGUAAAAUUGCCGGUCAACAAUGUGUUAAUAAAAAAAUGAGAUGAUAUUACGCUUUACCAAUGGAAUUAAUAAUUGGAUAAAAACAGGAGAAGAAUCUGAAGAAUUUCAACGUUUGCUCGAUAAUCUAACUCUUCUGACUAGUUUACAACAUGCAAAUUGGCAUAGUUUUACCGGUAAAGAAAGCACGGCUAUUUGCAUAAUAUGUCGCUCCGUUUUAGAUGUUUUCAUAGAAUCUCGUAAGAAAGGCAUGUCAGCAGAUGAUAUAAAAUCUAACGUAAUUACACUUUGUACUCGAAUGAAUAUUGAAACCGAGCGAGUCUGCAAUGGUUCAGUGACUUUAAAUUUGCCAACAAUUUUGUAUAUCAUAGACUCAAAACCGAAUUUAACAGGGUCCACCAUUUGCGGAGUUAUAUUAGAGUCAAAAUCUUGUCCGCUUAUUAAUGAAGAGUUCAAUUGGGCAAUCAAUAUUGAUAGUGGUCCUCCAAAAUUAAUUGAUGUUGAUGAGAGCAACGAGAUUAUAAAUAUAUUGCAAAUAACGGAUAUUCAUUACGAUCCUAACUAUGAACCUUACGGUAACGCGUAUUGUGAUGAACCAGUAUGUUGUCGAAGAGGACAAAAUGAUACAAAUACAAGUAACGAAGUGGCAGGCUACUGGGGGGAUUAUAAUCAAUGCGAUAGCCCGUGGCAUGCCGUUGUUGAUGUUCUAGAACAAAUUAGGGAUACACAUGAGAAUAUUUCUUACGUUUAUUUCACUGGUGAUAUAAUAGAUCAUGGUGUUUGGGAAACCUCUAUCGAUGGAAAUGUCGAAAGUAUUAACAAGAGCUAUUUUCAAAUUUAUGAAACAUUCAAAAAUAUACCUGUAUAUCCUAUUCUGGGUAACCAUGAGCCACAUCCUUUAAAUUUAUUUGCACCUGAUACUAUCAAUGAUAAUGAAAUAAACACACAAUGGCUAUAUAAUAUGAUGGCUCAUUUAUGGAUUAAUUUUGGAUGGUUACCAGAAUCUACUCAUUCUACCAUCCUAAAAGGCGGAUAUUAUACACUUUCACCUAAAAAAGGAUUUAGAAUUAUAGCGCUAAACAGUAAUGUAUGUUAUAGUUACAACUGGUGGUUGUGGUAUCAACCGAAAGAUCCUGAUGGUCAAUUGCAAUGGUUAGCAGAUACGCUUUUGCAGGCCGAAAAAGACGGCGAGUUUGUGCAUAUACUGGCGCAUAUCCCAGCUAAUCAAGAGUGUCAAAUUACAUGGAAAAACGAAUAUCUUAAGAUUGUAGAUAGAUAUGCCCGAAUUAUUAGAGCGCAAUUUAACGGCCAUACACAUAACGAUGAAUUACAGUUGUUUUAUAGUACCAACAAUAGUACAACGAUAAAUAAUGUUGCUUGGAAUGGCGGUAGCGCAACUGCUUUCUCGUAUUUAAAUCCCAACUAUAAGCUAUAUAUUGUUGACAGUAAAAAUUAUGCAGUAAAAGAUAUAGAAAACUGGAUGUACAAUUUAACUUUAGCAAAUGAGAACGCUGCUCAACGGCCAUUAUGGUAUAAGUCAUAUUCAUUUAAAGAGGAAUAUGAUAUUCCUGACUUGUCAUACGAUUCAUUACAUAGUUGGCUAUCUAGAUUAGCACAUGAUGACGAUCUGUUAAGUCGCUACUAUAGGAACUUUUUCAAACAUGCUGAACCAUCACUGCGAAAAGAGUGCAAUAUGAAAUGCAUGAGAGCUUAUAUGUGUCAUAUAAUUACAAGCUUAGGGGAUCAAGCAAAAGAUUGCAAUGAAAAUUUAAUGUCGUUUAAGAAAUAGUGUUAGUAUCUUGGAU